CUCGUGACGGCUGUAUUGUACCGUUGUUCUGCCUUUGUCCCGUUUAUUUUAAUUUAAAAAUAUCACAGUAGUUAUUUUUAUGAGUUAGUGGUUGUUUUGCUGCGUAUUAACUCCCGGUAUGGUUGCUGUGUGGGUUGUUUUACAACUGUCACAGUCUGAAUCCUACUUGUUGCGGGAAAAAACGCAUUUAAAAAUGAUAGCGACAGUUGUUGUUGGGUAGAUUGUUGCACUUUUAGUGGCAUUCCCACACAUGUCCCGAGGGUAAUGUAGUUUUGCUACGGUUGUGUAUCCCUGUGUGUGUCCCACAGAGCCGUCCUCUCUGCACUGCAGUCAGCGCCACUCGCACAGUUGGCGUAGGAAGGUCACGUUACAAAGUGGGUCGGCACUCGCAGCUGCUGCUGGAGAGAGGAGGACUGCGCAAAAACCACGGCCCGGAUUUGUGCCUGCUUGACGUCAUGGGGAGCCUCAGACUUCUCUGACAGGAUCCAACAACGAGAAGCACCGGGGAUGUGCGAUCAACAUCCAGCGGGCCGGGAGAUGUCGACGAGCACACGGCUGUACUGAGCCGCAUACUCACGGGAGAUUUUCCGCUGUGACGGUGCGGCUGCGGCGCGCCAUGAGCAGAGCGCCUGUCCGCUGUUAAAGGGCUGCUUUCUGCCUCAAAACGAGCUGUUGACCAGGGAGGGAUAAGCAGCCGGAGGACUAAUCCCCAGGACGGUCACACAGAUUCACGGCGGGGCUUGGACCCGACAGAAAUGGACAGGGCAGCGCGAACUGGAUUACAUGAUAGGGAAUAAAAGAGACGCAGCGAACAAAGCCAACCUCAAGUGUUAUGCCCGUUAAUCCGUGCGGUCUUUAUUUGACUGGAAAUGGGAGCUUUAACAAGCAGACAAAACAUAGGCGUGGAAGAAGUGGACAUUCCGUCCAGUUCGGUGUACCGUUAUCCACCGAAAUCUGGAAGUUACUUCGCCAGCCAUUUCAUCAUGGGGGGAGAGAAGUUUGACUCCACACAUCCAGAGGGCUACCUGUUUGGGGAAAACACAGACCUUAACUUCCUGGGGACCAGACCUGUGGCGUUCCCGUACGCAGCCCCUCCACCUCAGGAACCAGUAAAGACGUUACGAAGCCUUAUAAACAUCCGCAAGGACACGCUGCGGCUCGUACGGUGCAGCGAGGACCUGAAGCUGCCAGGUGACGAGGCGGCAGGGAAGAACAGGGCCUGCUACAACGUAGAGUUCACCUUCGAUGCCGACACGCAGGUGGCCAUAACCAUCUAUUACCAGGCCAUAGAGGAGUUUCACAAUGGAGUGCCAGUUUACCUGCCUCAGGACAGCUCUCUGCAGUCUGAGACGGUGCACUUCAAGCGAGGAGUGUGCCAGCAGUUCUGUCUGCCCUCACACACUGUCAACCUCAGCGAGUGGGCUGACGAGGAGCUGCUGUUUGAUAUGGACAAAGAGGUUUUCCCCAUGGUGGUGCAGGCUGUCGUGGACGAGGGGGAAGAACAUUUGGGCCACUCUCACAUACUGCUGGCUACGUUUGAAAAGCACAUGGACGGGAGCUACUGCGUGAAGCCUCUGAAGCAGAAACAAGUGGUGGAUGGAGUGAGUUAUCUGCUGCAGGAGAUCUACGGGAUCGAGAACAAAUACAACAGCCAAGAAUCAAAGGUUGCCGACGACGAGAUCAGCGAUAACAGUGCAGAGUGUGUGGUGUGUUUGUCGGACGUGCGAGACACGCUCAUCCUGCCGUGCAGACACCUGUGUCUCUGCAACGCCUGUGCAGACACUCUGCGCUACCAGGCCAACUGCUGCCCCAUCUGCAGACUGCCAUUCAGAGCUCUGCUGCAGAUCCGAGCCAUGAGGAAGAAACUCAGUCCUCUCUCACCCACCAGCUUUAACCCCGUCAUCACUUCACAGACCUCAGACUCAGAGGAACACUCGGCGUCGGAGCACAUCCCUCCAGGCUACGAGGUGGUGUCGCUCCUGGAGGCGCUGAACGGCCCCCUCAACACCUCCGUGGUGAAUCCUCCCCCUCUCCACUCCGGCCCCAGCCACGUCUCCGGAGCACUUCCCCCGUACAGCAGCGAGCCACACCCGGCACCAGCCCGCUCCCUCUCCCCUCUAGACCACUCCAACUCCAGUCAGGGACUCAAACUCAAGAAGAGUGGUUCCAAGUCACUUUCCCAGAAUUCCUCUGUGCUUCCCGAGGAGGAGGAUGAGAAGUCUUGCAGUGAAUCGGAGGCCUGUCGCCACAAACUCGUCGUGGACCAGCAGGAGAACGGAGUGACUCCAGACAGCGAGAACCUGACUCUGUCCUCGUCUGGAGCCAUCGACCAGUCGUCCUGCACGGGAACACCGCUCUCCUCCACCAUCACCUCCCCUGAAGACCCAGUGAGCUGCAGCCUGGUCCAGUCAGUGAUGUCCAUGGCCUCGUCCCACUCGCAGCACUCCCACAUCAGCACUGACACCAUGUCCUCCAUGUCAGGGUCCUACCUGGCCGGGGCCGAGGGCGAGCCCGGGGGGGACGAGGGGGAAGAUGCUGAGGGCGAGGAGAACCAGGACGCCCCCAUGGAGAGCCGAGGACCGUCGCAGCAGUACGGGGAGUUUUCCCAGGAGCCAAAGGAACAAAACUACUCAGUGGCUGUAGAGGAGCAGGAUUCAGAGGGAAACGAUGUCACUGAAGAGGACUGCUCCUCGCCGUCCAACGGGAAAGGUGGGCGGAGCAGGUGUCCAGAGUUGGCCAAUAACAAUCAGGGCGUCGCCCUCUGUGACACGCCCUCUUUGGGGUUGGAUAAUGAGCAGGCUCCCGACAGCCGAUUCGCCGGUCUGAUGUACCUCGGGGGCUACAGGCCUAUUUUGGAGCCCCUCCCCCACCACAUCUCCACCAGCAACAUCAACCUGGAGGAGCAGGGGGCUGAGAACAGGGACGACCAGAGUCCUAAACAUCCUCGCCGCGGACCACUCAUUGUGUAACACACUCAAACAAACCCGCACACACACACACAGACACACACAGACUUCUCCAUCCAGAGUCAGCUCUUCCUACCCUGCCAUAGUGCUGCAUCGCUGGAUACUGUCCUCACUGAGCAGGGAACACCCCCCCCUCCAUCUGUAUCCGUCUGAACACUUCCUGGAUUGAUUGUCGUUGCUGGAAACUCGUCUCGAGGAGAAAGAGGAGGGAAGAGGAACAGAAAGGCAUCACGUGUCUGUCGUCUGUGCACUUUUAUCUCACAGGAGUUUCUUUGUUUUGUUUAUUUUUUUUGUCUGUGACCUAACUUGUGAGAUUGAUUAGCCUACUGCUACGUUAUUAUUUAUUACCUGUAGGUUUAACCAAUGAGAGCUGUGCAUUGUGACACUAUCUCUAGAAAAAUACAUGCUGCUCCUCUCCUCCUUUUUCCUGUCCUCUAUUACCAGCCAAACAGUCAGGGGCUACUGUGAUCGGCAAUCUGAUUUAUUACUAAUGUACUUCUUCUUCUUCUCUCUUAUAAACUAUAUGUUGAGUGAGUGCUCGGACACUGUUUGAAAGUCAGCUCACACCGGACUACCUUACUUUAGCCAACUAAAACGUGCUGACUCUUCUCCUCGGAUCAGGGAGCUCCCGUCUCGCAUGCAGCUUUCGACCUCUGCUGAUGUUUUCCUCUCAUUCCCGCCACGAUUUUUCAAACAACCUGUGCUGAAUGUGAAUACAGAGGCGGUCGGACCUGUAAGGUGGCGUACGAGCCGAGAACUGGCGGCCGGACUGGACAGAAAUGGACUGGAAACAAAAACGUCAAACAGAAUGUAGGACGUGGAUCUGUAAGAAGGGGAAUGUACAAGACAUUUAAAUCGUCGCCUAAACUGGAAUUAAAAAUAAACUUUGAAACUGGUUCUCCAAACACACACACACCCACAUACACACACACACACACACCACACCAUCCUCUCCUUCUGCAGCUCCAUCUUAGCAUGUCAGUAUUAUCAUAGUGCAACUGGAACAAGUACCAUAACAAGCAAUAACGAUGCCGAAGUUGCAUCUCCUCCCUUUUUCUCCUGCAGGAGGACGCUCACGUGCAGUUCAAACAAAGACUGUGUUUGCACUGGCCUGUAACAUUCACACAUUUCAACGUUAUUUUUUAUUUUAAUUUCGCCAUUGUAAAGGGAGUUAUUGUGAGAAAAGCAUCAUACAGUGAAUUUGAGAUUUAGGCCACACCGUGGUUAGCUGGCAUUUUGUUCAUGCUCAUAUUAUUCUCAUCCCGACGAGCCCUUCUCUCCUCGUUUGUGAAGCUUUUAGUUGUUUUGAUUUUGUAUAACUUUAUUGUAUAGCUCACCUGUUGUUGAUGUUCCCCGUUCCCUUGUUUUAAUUUGUUGCAAAACACUGUGUCGUUUAUUAGAAUGUGGAUGAAAAUAUGUGAAAAAUUUGUAAACGUUUACACACUCAUGCACACGUGUGCGCCCACAUAACAGAUAACUGAAAAGGGACAAUAUCAACAUUUAAUGCACUAUUAGCUGUUUCCUAGACGACACACUUUGCGGUGCAUGAGGCGAUAGUAGAGUAAGCAUGUUAGUCUAGGUCAGCCUGCACCCUCCUGUAGAAUACUUGAUGAUGGAUCACUGCACACACAGAAAACCGGACCAUAUCCUUCUGCAGUGUUAUAUAUCUGUUGCUGGCUCCCUUUUCCCUCGACCCUGAACUGUUAGGGUCAAGAGGACUGCACUACUAUAUCCAAGCUGCAAACAGUCACGUGAUCACAGUCCGAAUGUGUCGAUGAAGCCGUUCUGUGGCACCGGUCGCAGUAUGAUAUCAAAGGAAUGGGUCCCAAAUCUGUAAGACCCCCACUUUUCUAGAAUUAUGAGUGAAAAUGUCAAAGAAAACAUCAAAUGGAUAAUAAAGUUUUUGCAACUAAA